AUGGAUAGCGAUGAGUAUAAAAAAGAAGUUGAAGCAAAUGUAAAGGCAGAAAAACUUUUACAGUUGCAAAACCAAACCGUACAGUAUGAAAACUUAGCACAAGAAAGUAAAAAUAACGACGCAGCCAUGCAAAAGGCAAUGAAAAGCGCAGAAUAUAUAAAAGCUAAUAAUGACUGGUUAGAUGCCCAAGCCAACGCUAUGAGCCGCUUACAUAUUCACAAAAAUAAAUUGUUUUCAUGA